AUGAAUCCACUGAGCAUUCUCAUUGCCCCUUCAGGCCUCAAAGAGAGUCUGGAGCCAGAUGAAGCCGCCGUUUGCAUUGAGAAAGGCAUCAGACGAGUCAUCGACAGUGAAAGUGCCUUCAUUCGCAGAGUUCCUGUCCAUGAUGGAGGCGAGGGUUUCUGCCGAGCCCUGGUCGCCGCUAAACAUGGUGAAGUUCGGCAUAUCCCCGUCAUGGGCCCUGACCGAAAACAAAUACUGUCACACUAUGGUGUUAUCGGUGAAGAUAAAAGAACCGCUGUACUAGACAUGGCAAGUGCAGCGGGCUUAAGGUUGGUCCCAAGAGACUGCCGUGAUCCUACUAUGACAACCUCGUAUGGAGUUGGCCAGCUUAUAGCCGCCGCCCUUGAUGCCGGCUGCACGAAAAUCAUUGUUGGGUGUGGAGAUUCCGGUACGUCAGACGGCGGUGUUGGUAUGCUUCAAGCACUCGGGGUAAGAUUCUUGGACAAGCACGGAGCAGUCUUGCCUAUCGCUGCAGGAGGCGGCUCCGUGCUCAAUCUCGACAAGAUCUGCUUGAGGGACCUACAUCCAAGGCUUGGCGAUGUUCUUUCCGGAGAUCGACCCAUAUCGAUCGAAGCAGUAUGCAAUAUCGAAAACAUUUUAUGUGGACAAGGAGGUGUUGCCCAAGUGUACGGACCUCAAAAGGGGGCAACACAAGAGCAAGUCGAACUGCUAUCCAAGGCUAUGGAUAAGCUAGCUAGGGCGGCAAGGCCAACUAUCGGCUACGAUAUGUCAACAACACCAGGCUCUGGUGCGUCUGGCGGACUUGGUGCUGGGCUUCUCGUUCUCGGUGCCAAACUCAGACCAAGAGCCGCUGCGAUAGACGAGCACUUUCAGCUUCAGGAAGUCCUCAACCACCCCUGGGACAUUGUGUUCACGGCCGAAGGUGCACUUGACCAUCAGUCAACCAAAGGCAAGAUGACCGGGGAAAUUGCAAGACGAGCAAGGGCACAAGGUGCCUAUGUCAUUGCUCUUGUUGGCACAAUCGGAAAAUCUGCCAACAGCGUGUAUGGAGAUGGCGUUUCUGCAUUUACCAGCAUCUUGGAUUCGCCCAUCAGUUUACGUGACGCUAUGGAUCAAGCUGCAGGUCUUCUGACUUGCGCAGCAGAGCGAACAAUGAGGGUUGUUUUAGUUGGCCUUCGCCUCAACUUGCGAGAUACUGCCCACAAUCCCCUCUCGAGAGCCAAAACAUACGGCGACGAACCACAACCAGUCUUGGUGAGUGGACGGAAUGGGACGCAUGAAUCUCAAAGUAACUACUCUAAUGGCAUAAAACCCAUAAAUGAUCUGGGCUCAUACCUGGGACAGUUGUCGCAUGAUCAACCCCACACGUCAGCUCAGAGACAGAGAUUAGAACUUGAGUCAAAAUUGCGCAUUACACCACUUCCAAAAGGGACAAUGCGUAUCAUUGAUAUGAACACUCACACCCAUCAUGCGGCUUUCAGCAAGAGACGAAGUGCCUCCCCGAGCGGGCAUUUGCUGAACAGCUCGCAUUACUAA